ACGUCACGUCAGCUGUUUUGUGUUUACAUCAGAUCGCUUUUUCUCUGCCAGACAGAGUCAAGUUCAGCGCUGCUGGUUUACUGGGUUUAAACGCUUCCGAGUGAAAUGUGGAAAAGCGACAUUUACGCGUAUGAUGGGCAAAAAAAUGCGUGAAACGGCUGCCGAUUGUGCCAUCGCAGGACUGUGCUAGGCCGCUGUCCGCUCUGACCCCAGACGCACACACACACUCCUUCACCAUGGGAGGUGCUGUGAGUGCUGGAGAGGACAACGAUGACCUGAUCGACAACCUGAAGGAGGCACACUACAUUCGUUCAGAGUUGGUGGAGAGGGCUUUCCGGGCCAUCGAUCGUGCCGAUUACUAUUUGGAGGAGUACAGGGACAGUGCCUACAAAGACCUGGCCUGGAGGCACGGUAACCUCCACCUGUCCGCUCCCUGCAUCUAUUCAGAAGUGAUGGAGGCACUGGAUCUGCAGCCUGGCCUUUCAUUCCUUAAUCUGGGCAGUGGAACAGGUUACCUUAGCACCAUGGUGGGCCUCAUUCUGGGUCCAUUCGGUGUGAACCACGGUGUUGAGCUGCAUGCAGAUGUGGUGGAAUAUGCCUACCAGAAACUCGACAACUUCAUCAAAACCAGUGAGAGCUUUGACAGGUUUGAGUUCUGCGAGCCACUGUUUGUGGUGGGAAACUGCCUGGAGUUUCCUCCAGAGAGCCGCCAGUAUGACCGAGUGUACUGCGGGGCUGGGGUUCAGAAAGAGUAUGAGAACUACAUGAAGAACCUGCUGAAGGUUGGAGGAAUCUUAGUGCUGCCUCUGGAAGAGAAGUUGACCAAGAUCACACGUACAGAUCAGAACUCCUGGGAUACAAAGAAAAUCAUAGCUGUGACUUUCGCUCCUCUGGUGCAGCCCAAACAAAGCAUUAAUGGGAGAGGCAAGUGUGUGCCACUACCCAUCUUUGAGGUGCGAACGCUGCAGGAUUUGGCACGCAUCUCCAUCCGCCAUACCCUGCGCCAGCCCAUGGAGCUGACAGAGGGCCGUUCUAAAAGGCGAGUAUCGUUCCCUGGAGCUCGUGCGAUGCACCGCUAUGGGCCUCGCUUUGAACGGCGCCGUUUCUGUCGCCGCUUUUACCGCCAGUGCAUCAGCCCCACCAUCCUCCACGAGUCCAUGAUGCCAAAGGCCGCAGACGACUGCAGCUACCCAGGAGGAGUGGAAGAAGAGGAAGAGGAAGAAGCUGAGGAGAGGAACUGCCACCAAACAGGGAGAGAGCUGCAGGAUGAGGAAGAGGAGGAGGAGAACACCGCUGGUGAAGAAGAGGAGAAGGUCAAGCGAGCUGAGGCACCGGUCAAUAUUCUGAGGCAGAGGAUCCUGGGACUGCCCUUGCCUGAGCCGCUCAAAAUGUAUCUCUUGUAUUAUCGUGAGAAAUGAGUGAAAGAACGUUAGUGCCAAUGGGCUAAUGUGAGUUUUAAAGGUCAUCGAUCACUACCUGUUUUCACAUCGAGACACAAACUAGCUGCAUUCUACAUACAUGAACUUCCUAUAGGUUUGCUGCACUUCCUUCUUACCACUUGUUUGAGUUUUUUUUUUUUUUGGUCUGAUUUUAUAAACCCAUGCCCUGUUUUGCAGUGAACCAACACCUGUCCAUCGUCUUCAUGAGCAGUGUGGAGUAUUUUAGCAGGAUUCGUGUGAUGCCAUGACUUGACUGGUAGCAGCAUCGUUUUUGGAUGUUUGCCGAGAUUGCUGUGGUGGACUGAAAUCAUUGUGUAUAUUUUUCUAGAGGGUGAAAGCUGUUGUCUGUUGUUGAACUGCUUUCCUUGUUCCACUCUCUCUCUUAUAAGGUACUCAAUCCAUUUGCAUGUGUAAUGCUACUGUGUACCUGGAUUUUGUUGUGAUGUGUUUCAACACUUUACGCUGUACAAUGCAGCUCAUGUUUGAGGAUACAUUUGACAUAGUUAUUGUGACGCCAGUUUAAAACAACUGCUAAGACGUCCACAUCACUAGGAAAUUAAAUUAUUUAUUGGGCCCCUAUUGCUACAUGCACACACAGCAUGCUUAUGAACAUGAUACUGUCUUGAACAGUGGUUCUCAAAGAGGGGUCUGUGGAAGUAUAGUCAUACAGCAUAGCUGGGGGUCUGUGACUUUUGAUUAAUUUAUUUACCAAACCACAAUUUUCAAACUUAAGUUUAAAAAUGAUUUCUGAUACUUAACUGGUCACUUGAAUCGGAUUGGACUAAACCAAACUCCACUAGGUCAAAAACAGGUUGUGUGUGUGUGUGUAUGUAUGUAUGUAUGUACGUACAGUUAGGUCCAUAUAUAUUUGGACACUGACACAAAUUUUCUUUUUUUUACCUGUUUACUGAAACAUGUUAUAGUUAUAUAAUGGACAUAAAGUCCAGACUUUCAGCUUUCAUUUGAGGGUAUCCACAUUAAAAUUGGAUGAAGGGUUUAGGAGUUUCAGCUCCUUAACAUGUGCCACCCUGUUUUUAAAGGGACCAAAAGCAAUUGGACAGUUGACUCAAAGGCUAUUUCAUGGGCAGGUGUGGGCAAUUCCUUCAUUAUGUCAUUCUCAAUUAAGCAGAUAAAAGGCCUGGAGUUGAUUUGAGGUGUGGUGCUUGCAUUUGGAAGAUUUUGCUGUGAAGAAAACAUGCGGUCAAAGGAGCUCUCCAUGCAGGUGAAACAAGCCAUCCUUAAGCUGCGAAAACAGAAAAAACCCAUCUGAGAAAUUGCUACAAUAUUAGGAGUGGCAAAAUCUACAGUUUGGUACAUCCUGAGAAAGAAAGAAAACACUGGUGAACUCAUCAAUGCAAAAAGACCUGGACGCCCACAGACGACAACAGUGGUGGAUGAUCGCAGAAUAAUUUCCAUGGUGAAGAGAAACCCCUUCACAACAGCCAACCAAGUGAACAAUACUCUCCAGGAGGUAGACGUAUCAAUAUCCAAAUCUACCAUAAAGAGAAGACUGCAUGAAAGUAAAUACAGAGGGUUCACUGCACGGUGCAAGCCACUCAUAAGCCUCAAGAAUAAAAAGGCUAGAUUGGACUUUGCUAAAAAACACCUAAAAAAGCCAGCACAGUUCUGGAAGAACAUUCUUUGGACAGAUGAAACCAAGAUCAACCUCUACCAGAAUGAUGGAAAGAAAAAAGUAUGGUGAAGGCGUGGUACAGCUCAUGAUCCAAAGCAUACCACAUCAUCUGUAAAACAUGGCAGAGGCAGUGUGAUGGAUUGGGCAUGCAUGGCUGCCAGUGGCACUGGGUCACUAGUGUUUAUCGAUGAUGUGACACAGGACAGAAGCAGCCGGAUGAAUUCUGAGGUAUUCAGAGACAGUGUGUGCUCAAAUCCAGCCAAAUGCAGCCAAACUGAUUGGUCAGCAUUUCAUAAUACAGGUGGACAAUGACCCAAAACAUAAAGCCAAAGCAACCCAGGAGUUUAUAAAAGCAAAGAAGUGGAAUAUUCUUGAAUGGCCAAGUCAGUCACCUGAUCUCAACCCAAUUGAGCAUGCAUUUCACUUGUUAAAGACUAAACUUCAGACAGAAAGGCCCACAAACAAACAGCAACUGAAAACUGCUGCAGUAAAGGCCUGGCAGAGCAUUAAAAAGGAGGAAACACAGCGUCUGGUGAUGUCUGUGAGUUAAAGACUUCAGGCAGUCAUUGCCCAACAAAGGGUUUUCAACCAAGUAUUAGAAAUGAACAUUUUAUUUACAAUUAUUUAAUUUGUCCAAUUACUUUUGAACCCCUGAAAUGAAGGGAUUGUGUUUAAAAAAUGCUUUAGUUCCUCACAUUUUUAUGCAAUCAUUUUGUUUAACCCACUGAAUUAAAGCUGAAAGUCUGAACUUCAACUGCAUCUGAAUUAUUUUGUUCAAAAUUCAUUGUCGUAAUGUACAGAACCAAAAUUAGAAAAAUUUUGUCUCUGUCUAAAUAUUUACUGACCUAACUGUAUGUAUGUACUGUGCAAAAGGCUUAGGCACAUUUUAUUUUAUAUACAAACUUGGAGACUUUUAUUUUAUGACUACUUCUAUAUUAUGGAACCAGUACAAAAACACUUUAGAUUUCCAAAUAUUUAAUUUUGGCCUGGAAAACUAAUGUGACAGAAAAAUGUUUGUCAGUAAAGAAAGCAGCAUAUUACAUAACCGACCACUUUUCAGAGAAAAACAUAAUGAAGCCUGCUGGGUUUUGCUGCAAAAACAAGAAGGAAGUGUGACAAAGUGUCCAGAAGAACUGUGGCUGGUUCUGUGACAUGCACAGUAAAACCGACAGCUCCGUUCCUUAUAAAUCUGCACUAACUGUACCUGAGACUGCUAUUUAUUUAUUUAUUAUUUUUUUUUAAGCAAAGACUCGUCACACCAAACAUUGACAGUUUUUACAAAUUACUGCUUACUGAUCUUUAUGGCAAUUUUUUAAUGUAGAAACAUUUAAUUGCAUUAUCUUUGAAGGCAUCUUUGCUCUACAGCAUUUCCUUGCAUGUGCCUAAGACUUUUGCCCAGUACUAUCUAUCUAUCAUACACUACCGUUCAAAAGUUUGGGGUCGCCCAGACAAUUUUGUGUUUCCCAUGAAAAGUCACACUUUUAUUUACCACCAUAAGUUGUAAAAUGAAUAGAAAAUAUAGUCAAGACAUUUUUCUGGCCAUUUUGAGCAUUUAAUCGACCCCACAAAUGUGAUGCUCCAGAAACUCAAUCUGCUCAAAGGAAGGUCAGUUUUAUAGCUUCUCUAAAGAGCUCAACUGUUUUCAGCUGUGCUAACAUGAUUGUACAAGGGUUUUCUAAUCAUCCAUUAGCCUUCUGAGGCAAUGAGCAAACACAUUGUACCAUUAGAACACUGGAGUGAGAGUUGCUGGAAAUGGGCCUCUAUACACCUAUGGAGAUAUUGCACCAAAAACCAGACAUUUGCAGCUAGAAGAGUCAUUUACCACAUUAGCAAUGUAUAGAGUGGAUUUCUGAUUAGUUUAAAGUGAUCUUCAUUGAAAAGAACAGUGCUUUUCUUUCAAAAAUAAGGACAUUUCAAAGUGACCCCAAACUUUUGAACGGUAGUGUAUAUAUAUAAUUUUUUUUGAUCAGCUAUAACAUUAAAGCUAUGGAGCACUGACAGGUGAAGUAAGUGAAUAUUACACUGGCACCUGUCAAGGGGUGGGAUAUACUGUAUUAGGCAGCAAGCAAGAGAACAGUCAGUUCUCAAAGGUGAUGUGUUGGAAGCAGGAAAAAUGGGUAAGUGUAAGAAUCUGAACGACUUUGACAAGGGCCAAAUUGUGAUGGCUAGAUGCCUGGGGCUGAGCAUCUCCAAAAUGGUACAUCAUCUGGGGUGUUCUCGGUAUGCAGUGGUUAGUACCUACCAAAAGUGGUCCAGUGAAUGGUGACAGGGUCAUGGGUGUCGAAGGCUCACAGAUUUGCAUGGGGCAGGAAGGCUAGCCCGUAUGAUCCAAUCCCACAGAAGAGCUACUGUAGCACAAACUGCUGAAAAAAUUAGUGCUGGCUAAAACAGAAAGGUGUCAGUGGUUUUAAUGUUAUGACUGGUGUGUGCGCGCGUCUCUCUCUCACACACACACACACACACAAUCCAUAGCAGCACGUUAUUUCAUAUUUUACCUUAUGAUUUUAAAUUGUUUUCAAAAUAAACACAUUUCAAAAUAAGUUGGGAGAGUAAAGCAUUUACCACGUUGUAAUGUUGCCAUUCCUUCUCACGUAACUUAAAACACGUUUAGGGACUGAAGACACCAUGUGCUGAAACGUUUCAGGCGUUACUUUAUCCCAUUCUUACAGCAAACAGGUGUGCAGCAGUACAGGGUCAUCUUUGUCUUAUUUUUUGUUUCAAAAUUUGCCACACAUUCUCUGUUGGGGACAGAGGGACAGGCACCCUCUUCUUCCUCAGUCAUGCCUUUGUAAUGUGUGCAGAAUGUGGUUUUGCAUUAGCUUGUUGAAAUGUUCCUGGAAAAGAUGUUGUCUUGAAGGCAGCAAAUGUUGCACCAAAAUCUCAAUGUACUUUUCUGCAUUAAUGCUGCCAUCCCAAAAGUGCAAGUUAACUUUGCCAAGGGCACUGACACAAACCCAUACCAUGACAGACCCUGGCUUUUGGACUUGGUACACAUUUCCACUGUGUGAUGGUCCAUCUCAGAUGCCUUGAGCCCAAAGAAGUCAAUGGCGCUUCUGGACACCGUUAACGUAAGGCUUCCUUUUUGCACAGUAAAGGUUUAACUGGCGCUUGUGGAUGUAACUCCGUAUUGUAGUGCUUGACAAAGGUUCGCCGAAGUAAUCCUGAGCCCGUGUGGUUAGAUCAGCUAUAGACGAAUGACCGUUCUUAAUGCAAUGCCAUCUGAGGGAUCAGAGAUCACAGGUGUUCAGCUUAGGCUUGGGCCCUUGCCCUUUACGCACCAAAAUUCCUCCAGAUUCCUUAUGCUAUUAUGCACUGUAGAGGGUGAAAUAUCCAAAUCUCGUCAUAAACAUUUCAAUAAUUUUCUCAUGCAUUUGUAGACAAACUGGAGAUCUUUGGUCCUUAAAGACAAGGCCUUUCCUGGAUAGAGAGUUUGUACCAAAUCAUGAUAAUCACCUGUUGACAUCACCUGUUUCAAGUCACCUCAUUACUAGCCCUAAAUUGCUGCUGUCCCAACUUUUUUGGAAUGUGUUGGAGGUCUGAAACGCAGAAAUGGAUGUAUAUUAAUAAAUGAAAUGAAGGUGACCAGACAAAACAUGAAAUAUCUUGGGUUCAUACUGGCUGCAGUGAAAUACAGGUCAGAGUAGAAUUUACUACUUUCUUUUUAUUUGCAUUUUGGGUUUUGUGUGUGUAUAACCUCAUACACAUUUAUUUAAAUAUGUAUAAAUAAAUAUUGAGAAUCCCUAGUCUACAGAACACAUACAUAUUUUUGUUCCCAAACAAGUCUGUGUUUCAACUACAUCUUAGCUAUAUUUGAAAUGUAACACGAAGUGCUCAGAAAUGCCCCGACUCAGGAAUAUUCCAAGGUUUAACUUUCUUAGAGGUAGUGGAAUCGACCAAAAUAUUUCAAAUUAUAUAAUUUUUUUUUUUUUUGACCAAAAACAGACAAGCUUGUUAGCUUUUAUACUACGCUUCCUAUAAAAUAGGUUCAGCUCUGAGAAGUGAAACUUCUUCAGGUUACCAUGCUUGCGACAAUGCAUUUCCACAAUUUUAAGUACUUUUCUUUCUUUUUUUUUAAUGAUGGACACUGGCAUGGAUGCUUAAUGGCUCCUUAAUUCAUUAAAAGCUCCAUCACUAAAAGCUGCCUAAAAACAGCAUAUCUAAAUAACUUGAAAUGAUUGUGAGAAUCUAGGUAAUGUACAGAUUUUCAAUAAAUGUCAGUUUGAACAGGCA